UCGGUCAGUUUUCUCCCGCGAGUUGCACGCGCGCGUUCUUUCGUUAGAACCGUUUCCGCGUCGUACAGUCUUUAGGCACCACAGCCUCGAGAAAUAGGAUCGACAUAGUGUUGGGAUAAGAACGAUUUCUCUCCGCAUCCUGGAUUUCCGCAGGACGGAGGAGCCGCACUGUUCAUCAUGCACCAUCGACUAUCAAGGUCGCUGGGGCUUCUAAUAUUUAUUAUAGCAGCACAUGUGCACGAUACUUCCGCAAAACACCAUCAUAUAAAAUUAAGGCACGGAAGGCAUCGUCGACAACACGGCGGGAGUUAUCUGCCCAGCAACUUCGUGCUGGACACGGACGAGUCCGAGAGGGGCAACUGGGGACCAUGGUCGAACCCCAGCUCCUGUUCGCGCUCCUGCGGCGGCGGAGUCGCCCAUCAGACCAGACAGUGUCUCGACAUAGAUGACAGUGGUCAUGACAGGUGUACGGGCGCUGCCAGGAGAUUCUUCUCGUGUAAUGUUCAGGAGUGUCCCGGCGAGCAGACGGAUUUCCGAGCGGAGCAGUGCGCGGAGUUCAACAACGUGCCCUUCGAGGGAGUGUAUUAUGAUUGGAUUCCGUACACCGGAAGUCCGAAUAAAUGCGAACUGAAUUGUAUGCCGCGCGGCGAGCGAUUCUUCUACAGGCACAAAGUCUCCGUGGUCGACGGCACUCCUUGCGAAGCUGAAAAGAACGAUGUUUGCGUCGAAGGCAGAUGCAUGCACGUCGGAUGCGAUAUGAUGUUGGGUAGCGAUGCAAGAGAAGACGCGUGCAGAGAAUGCGGGGGUGAUGGCUCAGAUUGCAAUACCGUUACAGGCUCAUUCGAUACAGAUGAUCUCCAAGUGGGUUACAUCGAUAUUCUGCUUAUCCCUGAAGGCGCGACAAAUAUCGCCAUAAGAGAAAUACAGCCGUCAAACAAUUAUCUUGCCAUACGCAACACUUCGGGACAUUAUUAUCUAAACGGAAACUGGAGGAUAGACUUUCCUCGCAGCUUACGCUUUUCUGGCACGACCUUCCAUUAUGCCAGAAAUCCCCAAGGAUUUGCAGCACCUGAUACUAUCACCGCCUUGGGACCGACGAACGAACCCAUUUAUGUCGUGUUACUCUACCAAGAUCGCAACGUGGGUGUGCAGUACGAGUACAGUAUACCGAAGAAGUUCUCGACGCGCACGGAUCCGGAUAGCUACACUUGGGUAACCGACGAAUUCUCUAGUUGCAGCACCAGUUGCGGCAGAGGCUACCAAUCAAGACGGGUGGCCUGCGUGCGAAGGCGCGACAAUCAGCAGGUGGAUGAGAACCUGUGCGAUCCGCAAUUGGAACCGGCUGACACGCAAAGCUGCAACGAGGAUCCGUGUCCGGCCAUGUGGGUGGAAGGUCCAUGGACUCCUUGCACGAAACAGUGCGGCGAGGGGGGCGAGCAGACCAGGGAGAUCAAAUGCGAGCAGGUCCUCGGGGGUGGGAUAGCUUCCGUGGUAGAUGACUCUCAAUGCCUGGAAAAGGUGGGGCCGAAGGGAUCUACCAAACAGGAAUGCAACAGAGACGUGGAUUGUCCGCAAUGGCACGAGGGGCCCUGGAAGCCCUGUGAUCAUAUAUGCGGACCUGGUAAGCAAACCAGAACAGUGACAUGCUACAGAAAGAUCGACGGCAAAAUCGAUGUAUUGGAAGAUGAGGCGUGCGAAACAGAAGCGCCUGAACGUGAGAAAGCUUGCGAGCUAAGACCUUGCGCUGGUCUCGAUUGGAUUACUUCGGACUGGAGCGGAUGCGAAGAGAAAUGCGAUCUUACCAAAGAAACCAGAACAGCCCAGUGCGCUACCCAGGACGGUACAGUUUAUUCAGAUGACUUGUGCGACGUCGAGAAGAAGCCAGAAUUGGAAAGAGAGUGCGAGAAAGCCAAAGAUUGCGACUUUCUAUGGUAUAGCUCGCAAUGGAGCGAGUGUUCGGCAAAAUGUGGAUCCGGCGUUCAGACGCGCAAAGUGUUCUGUGGCACUUUCAAGGAUGAUACUGUGAAGAAAGUUCCGGAUGAAAACUGCGAUCCUGAAAAUAAAUUUGAAGAUACCAAAAAUUGUACCGCCAAGGAGCCAUGCAAAGGCGAGUGGUUCGCAGGACCUUGGAGCAAGUGUUCGCAGCCAUGUGGUGGCGGUGACAUGACCCGUAAGGUGAUUUGCAUGCAGGAUAACAAGACAGUAUCUGUGAGCCAAUGUAACGCCGACACCAUCAUGUUCUCCUCUGAAAAGUGCAAUGAUCAACCUUGCGAAGAAGGCGUGACACCAAUCGCCGAUGGAACAGAGAAACCGGAAGAGGAGGAGGAGGAGGAGUGUGAAGACGAGGAGGAAGAGGAAGAAAAAGGUGCCAUUGAAGGCGCUCUCCCAGCGGGGAAAGCAAGCAAAAUAAUCGAUCAAACGGAAGUGACACCCCUCAGUGAGCCGUUUAGCGAAAGUGAUAUUUACAGUACCAUGUUUAGCGAUUCAACGAGAGGCGAUAUAUCGCCUUCCGAGCUCGGUAGCGGCGAGGGCAGCGGCGACGACGAUUUUACCAUGCUUAGCACCGACUUGUUUAGCGGCAGCAAUACUGACUCCACCAUCGAGAGCGAAAGUCCGGCAAGUGGAAUUACGACGGAAGGCAAAACCGGUACGACAGAAUUCGGGACCGAAGUGACUGAAUCGUCGGAUAUCACCGAAGGAAUUGAUACAACGUUUGAAGGAUCCGGGACUACCAUUGAAGAGGAGUCUAGCAUAAGUUCUGAGGAAGGAUCUGGCGCAAGUGCAUCUACAGAUACAUUAACAGAUGAAACUACAGCAGAAAGCUCUCAAACAUCGGCUGUAACAGAAUCCGGCAGUACUGAAUCGGCGGUAACGAAAGGGUCGACGGAUUCUUCCGCUACUACCUCCAGCGAAACCGCUAGUAGUGCGGAGAGCGUAUCAACCAUCACUGAAAGUUCGGUAUCGACAAUCGAGUCCAGCGACGCGACGACUGGCUCCGAAACGACCGGAUCGGCUAAUACCGAUGUUACUACCGGUUCUGCGGAAACUGAAACGACGGAUACGGAUACUACUGGUACGGCAACAACCGAUUCGACGGAAACGCAGACGACGCCAACUACCGAUACCACAGAAUCCACAGACACGACUGAAUCCACGGAAUCCCCGCCAACUACAUCCUCGUCAGAGACGGAGACCACAAAUACGGAACAAACAGAAACCACUGGAAGUGACGAGACUACGGAAUCCAGCACUGCAUCCGAAACUGAAGUGACGACUACCGAAGUUUCCCAACUGACGACCGAUGAAAAAAUACCAGGCGAGGGCACCAACAAACCGGAGAAAGGCGAAGACGAUGACGUUACAUCGGCGUCGCCAGAAAGCUCGGCUUCCACCGAAGGAACCGAUGUCACUACAACAGUUAGCAAUACGGAAGAAACGACUGUUUCCGGAACGAGCUCGUCGGAUGAGACCGAAACUACCGGCAGCGAAGUAACCGGAACAACCGAAUCGGGACAAACCACGGUAUCAGGAGAGACCACUGAAUCUGGCGCUAGCACGGAAUCAGCUGAGACAACGGAAUCCGGCGGAACUGCGACCACCGAACCGGGCGCGACGACAGAAUCGGGUGCGACGACGGAGUCUGGCGAGACUACUGAAUCUGGACAGACGACCGAAUCGGGCGAGACCACAGAAUCUGGACAGACAACCGAGUCGGGCGAGACCACUGCGUCCGGUGAAACGACCGAAUCAUCGGCCACAACAUCGUCCCUCGAGGAGACCACCGAGACAGAAGUUACAUUCUCCACGAUCAGCGGAGAAACCGAUCUUACUGACAAAACUCACGUCACCGAGAUAUGGACGACUAUCUUCCCCGGAACUACGAAGCGGCAAUGCAAACCGAGGAAGAAUUGCAAGAAGACGCCGUUCGGAUGUUGCUACGACGGCAUCACCGCCGCUCAGGGACCGUUCGGUCAAGGUUGCCCGACACCGCAGACGUGUAACGAAACACGAUAUGGUUGUUGUCCCGAUGGCGUUUCGCCAGCCACCGGUUCGAAGAACAAAGGUUGCCCUGCCUCUCAUUGUAACGAAUCGCUCUUCGGUUGCUGCCCCGACGGCGUCACUACGGCGCAAGGCAAUGAUUACGAGGGAUGCACGAAACCAUGCAAUGAAACAGAGUUUGGAUGUUGUCCAGACAAUGAGACUGCAGCUAGCGGAAAAGAUAAUUUGGGCUGUUGUAAUGUUACCAAGUUUGGCUGUUGUCCAGACAAUAUUAGAGUCGCUUCCGGUCCUGAUGGCGAAGGUUGCGAAGAAGUCACUUCUGAAACAUCACAAACGGAGAUAUACGUAACAACAAUGUCGAGUGAAGACUGUGUAAACACCACCUACGGUUGCUGUCCCGAUGGUAUCACCAUUGCAAACGGCACGAAUUUCGCGGGAUGCGGCGUCAUUAACAAUGAAAAUUGCAGCGCAUCCUACUUUGGAUGCUGUCCUGAUGAAGUUACCGCAGCUCUUGGACCAGACAACUAUGGCUGUCGCAUGCCAUGUCAUGACAGUGCUCAUGGAUGCUGCGAGGAUGGUGUAACGCCGGCGCACGGACCGAACAACGAGGGCUGCUGCUUAUCAACUCCAUACAAGUGCUGUCCGGAUAACAUUCUGCCGGCUCGCGGACCGAACUUCUAUGGCUGCGGUUGCCAGUAUACAAGAUUUAGUUGCUGUCCGGAUAACUCGACGGUAGCGCGUGGACCAAACAACGAAGGUUGCGGCUGUCAAUACACAACUCACGGUUGCUGCCCGAACCGAUUCACCCCCGCGAGCGGACCGCAUUUCGAGGGAUGCCCGUGCUAUACUUAUCAGUUCGGAUGCUGCCCCGACGGCGUUACCAUCGCAAAAGGCUCUCAUGGUCAAGGCUGCGGAUGCAAGAAUACAAAAUACGGAUGCUGUUCGGAUAACAGAACUCCGGCCGAAGGACCGAACUUUGCCGGAUGCGCUUGCGACGCGUCAAAGUAUGGAUGCUGUCCAGACGGAAUCGAGGAAGCUCAAGGAGAAAACUUUGAGGGUUGUCCUACGGUACCUUCGAUGCCUGGCGCCGCAUGUGGCUUGAAGAAAGACAGAGGCUCCUGCAGGGACUUCACGGUCAAAUGGUUCUAUGACACCGAUUACGGCGGUUGUUCGAGAUUCUGGUACGGUGGUUGCGAGGGUAACGAGAAUCGAUUCAAAACACAGGAAGAGUGCAAAGAGAUUUGCGUUCAGCCCAAAGGAAAAGCUGCUUGCUUUUUACCGAAGAUCGCUGGUCCUUGCGAAGGAUAUCAUCCGACGUGGUAUUUUGACUCCGGUAGGAAGCAGUGCGGUCAAUUUAUUUACGGCGGUUGUCUUGGAAAUGCUAAUAAGUUUAAAUCUAGAGAAGAGUGCGAAGAACUUUGCGUCACGCCGGAUAACAUUGAACCUUGCGAUCAGCCGAAAGAAGAAGGUCCAUGCGCAGGUAAUUUCACAAGAUGGUACUUCAAUCGAGAAUCACAGGCUUGCGAGCAAUUUAAUUACGGUGGUUGCAAAGCGAACGACAACAACUUCCCCACAGAAGUCGCUUGUCAUCAGCAGUGCUUACAGCCAGGCCGACAAAAAGAUAUUUGCACAUUGCCGCGGGCGGAGGGUACAUGCGCAGAGAAGCAAUCUCAAUGGUACUUUGAUCAAUCAGAAAACCGCUGCAUGCCGUUCUAUUACACUGGCUGUGGUGGCAAUAAAAAUAACUUUGAAUCUAGAUCUGCAUGCGAGUCUGAUUGCCCGUCUAAGAUCGAGCAAGACAUCUGCCUGCUGCCGGCUCUUAUGGGAGACUGUCGAAAUUAUGUUCAACGAUGGUAUUACGACUCCUACGAGGGACAGUGCCGACAGUACUAUUACGGCGGAUGUGGCGGGAAUGAGAAUAACUUCCAGACUGAACAGGACUGCACCAACAGGUGCAAACAGACGCUGUCUACGGCGCCUCCGGCGGGACUAGAAUUCCGAAAAGAAUUCUGCUUCCUGCCUGACGAGCAUGGACCAUGUUCCGACAACCAGAUCAAAUGGUUCUACGACAGUCGAGAUGGCAUUUGUAAACAAUUCCGUUACGGUGGCUGUCAGAGCAACGGCAAUAACUAUAACACUCGCGAAGAGUGCGAGUACCGCUGCGGAGAGGUUCAAGAUGCUUGCGCAUUACCGAAGGUGAUCGGCCCUUGCAACGGCUUCGUGAAACAAUUCUACUACGAUCAACGCACCGAUUCCUGCCAAGAGUUCGAGUACAGCGGUUGUCAAGGCAACAAGAAUCGUUUCCAGGAUGAAGAAUCCUGCGAGAGGAAAUGCAAGCGGCAGACAGAAGUUAUUCGACCAACCAUAACAGCCCCGCCGGUCGCAGAAUCAAAGAGCCCGAUCUGCUUGGCGCCAGUCGAGGCUGGCAGUUGCAACGAUUCUAUCACUGCGUACUAUUAUGAUGCGCAACAUCAGACGUGUCAAGCGUUUAUUUACGGCGGUUGUGGCGGAAACCCCAAUCGAUUCCAGACCGAAGAACAGUGCGAGCGACUCUGCGGGAGAUUCCACGGACAAGAUAUGUGCAAUCUUCCUAUGGACUCCGGCCCGUGCAGAGGCGUUUUCCAGAAAUAUUACUAUGAACCGAGUACGCGCACCUGCCGCGAAUUCACUUACGGCGGAUGCGACGGCAAUGCGAACAGAUUCAGUACCAUCGCUGAGUGCGAGUCUAUUUGCAUACAUCAUGAAGAACCCGUACAACCUGGAAAUGACACCAACGUUUCGAAUCUGUCGAUCUGUAAAGAACCGGUCGACAGCGGAUCCUGCACUUCCGGUGCAUACAAGCGAUUCUACUACGACGAAGAAUACCAAACAUGCCGGGCGUUUAUUUAUACCGGAUGCGGUGGCAAUAGCAACAGAUUCAAGACUUUCGAAUCUUGCAUUAACACUUGUCUUAGGACGAGCAACGAAAUUGACGUGGACUCGAACGAUUCGAAAGAUAUAUGCGCUGAGGCUAAAGAAGAGUGUGACAUCAUCCGUUGUCCGUACGGCAAAGAGCAAUACGUGGAUUCUCAGGAUUGCGAACGCUGCCGUUGCGUUGAUCCUUGCAGGGCGAAGAUUUGUCCUAAUGGUACUCGAUGCGCCAUUACGUUGGUCGCCACGCAAGACGGCACGGAAUACAACGGCGUUUGUCAAUCAAUUGUUAAACCCGGCCGCUGCCCGAAAGUGUCCAACAGCACGAGAUGCGAGCAAGAAUGUGUCACAGACGCGGAUUGUACUGGCGAAUGGAAAUGCUGUAACAGCGGCUGCGGCACGUCCUGUUUGGAACCCGCGCCGGAGGAACCCCUGACAACGGCGCGGACCGCUGUCACCCCGCCGCUAUACGGCGGAGAGCCUGCAAAGAUUCAAGAGCCCGAGGAGCCGCAAGUGAGCGCGCAGGAGGGUGGCUACAUCACGCUAAAAUGCGUCGCGCUAGGAACACCCAGGCCAAUCAUCACGUGGAGAAAGGAUACUACAUUGAUUGGACCUUCCGAGGAAAGGCGGCGUAUACUACUCGACGGAUCUCUUCAGAUUAUCAACUUAUACACUUACGAUCGAGGGACUUACGUGUGCACUGCUGAUAACGGCUUAGGGCCGCCGGUAAGAGCGGAGUAUCAAUUGGAUGUUACAGAACCACACGAGCUCUCCGUCGAAAUCAUUGGCGAUCCCGACACUCGCAUAACGGUGACGAUGAACUCGCCGAUAGCUCUGCAUUGUUACGCCAUGGGAUGGCCAAGGCCACACGUCACUUGGUGGCGCGGCGACCAAAUGUUACCUCUGACUUCCAGCAAUUUCGAGCAGGGCACCGACUAUAGCCUUCUGAUACGCUCGGUAGACCUGACUAGCCUCGGCAUUUACACCUGCCAGGCGUUCAAUGGCAUCGGCACACCGGCCUCCUGGUCGGUGAUCUUGCAGGCGAUCGGCCCGGUCUUCAGUUUUAAACCCGAACACGAAGAGUACAACAAAUACCUUGUUCAACCCCCGAGAAGACCCACCAGUGAAAAACCGCAGUAUCCUUACAGACCCAUCAGAACGCAGUCUCCCGAGGCUCAGACCUACGCCCCUGCUUAUCCCACAAGAUCUCACAUCCCUCACGUUAUCCCUCUUGAAACCACCACCGGCGAACCAUCCGCUAGGUACAAAGUGCCGGUCAAAGUCAACGUAUCGCUGGAGCAAACGCAAUUCCCUGAAGGCAGUGAUAUAAGUCUUCCCUGCAAGGUGGAUGGCUAUCCAAUUCCGCGUGUGCUGUGGUAUAAGGACGAUCAACUUAUUCAGACGGACAAUCGAAUAAAGAUUUCAGAGCUCAAUCGACUUAUCAUCAGUGAUGCAAAUCGAGAGGAUUCUGGUCAAUAUCGAUGCGAAGCGACUAACGAAUAUUCUUCGAGUUCCGACAGCGUAGAAAUACGCGUUGCAGGUAUCUUUAUUCAUCCGCAUUGCCAGGAUAAUACGUUCUUCGCCAAUUGCAAGCUUAUCGUAGCGGCCAAGUAUUGCACGCACAAGUAUUACGCGAAGUUCUGCUGCCGUUCGUGCACGGAGGCCGGUCAACUGCCAGCGAGAGGACCUCAUAUCGACAACUCGAGAAGAAGAAGAAGAUCCGUUUUGCGAAUGCUCGUCUAAGAUGCCAAAUCGACUCUUCGGUAUUUCCGACACACGUGAUAGCACAUAUCGAUUCUGAAUCAUGGCCGGCGGGAUUCGCGAUAAAGAAAAAGAGAGGUGAGAAAUGAAGGAAUCAUGCGCGCACCCAUCUGCCCCUAUCGGACGUGCCGAAUAAUCGACUUGUUAACUCACUGCCAAAGCCUUAGAGCGUUUAUACAUUGAUAUAAUAUAUAUUUCCAUCUAAGUGCGCGAAACCGACGCACCCGCGCGCGAUCGGCUUACGCGAUCCCGCAUAUCGACGUUUCUAUCCAUGUAUAUACGAUCUGACGCUGAAUCCUAGUCCGACGGAGCCAUAUUAGGUGGAUUAAUUAACUCGUUCUUAAGAGACUAGUGGAAACGUCGCGACCGCACGUAUCCCUCGGACGACAUCCCGUAAUACCGAGGUAAUCACUGUCGGCUGACUAAGCGCGUAUAGAUUUACGGAUUAUGCCUGCGGGAAGUAUUGUUUCUCUGACUCGUAUUCUCCUAAGCAGAUUUUACAUGUCGUCAUAAUAACUGUGUAGUCGUAAAAUUACUCGUAGAAUAAUUAUGAUAAUUUACAACAGCGAGACAUCCUCGCGGCAUCGCGAUUAUAUUGUGAACUCCUCUUGCGCAUCAAAGAUUCAAUAAUUCCCGCGUGAUCUUGAGAAUACGAUCUGAAAAAUCUCGAUCGAUGUGACGAUAUAGCGUGACCAUUUUUUUCCUCACGCAUUAUAGCGUUGGUCAAUGAAUACACACGUGAAAUAAGAAACAAACGUCAUCGAAUAAUGUUUUCUCGCCUAAAAUAAUGUAUUAGGCGGAGUUUUUCUUCUUCAUUGAACGCACUAUGCUGCGUGACUAAAAAAAAAGGAACUUGUACCUUGUAAGCAUAUGCGCACGUUACGUUGUACAAUAUAAAUAGUUUAUUAUUCAAUAUGCCAUUUAUAUAUACUCUAUGAUAUUGUUAUUACUUGUUUCGUAUGGAUAUCCGCAUAUAUUACCGCGCGCCGCUGCUAACAAUAAGAUAAAUUUAUUACAUCCAUCUUUUUUUACGAAGAGAACAUUUUCAGUGUUCUUUGCAAGAAUUACUUUUCGAAGAGCGGCUGUCGAUGGGGCACAUUUCGUAUAAAAUGAAGACUUGCCUUCAAUUUUGUAUUCACUUGAGAAUUUUUCUAUUCACAGACUUCUUUAAAAAUAAAAAUGCUCUCAAAUGGACAUACAAUUUAGAUUAUAUCUAAGAGAUUGAUUAUAUUCAUUGAGAAUAAUUUGGACAAUUUGUCUUUCCGGUGAACGUAAAAUCGAGACUGACUCUAAAUGUUCACUCGAGGCCUCGCCGUCUGAGAGCAACUCUCGAAAGUAAAAUUCUGACUCAAAUACAAAAUCUAAAUACGGAUAUAUAGACAUGUAAUUGUAUUUGUGUGACGUGAUCUUGCACUCGAAUUAAAAUAUCUACGUGCGUCGCGUCACAUCUUUCACUUGUCGUUGCGUAACAUAUAUGUACAGACGAUUUUCUAUCUUACCCAACAAUCGGUAAUCGCGCCCACGCGCAGACCUGUUGCAUUUAACGUUUGUUCCUGAGACAUUUAUAAUCGUAACUAUUAAUUACACGCUAUUUACUAUCUGUAGACGCGUCGUCAUUUAUGAUGCAUCGGGUAGAUCGUAGAGAUUCCAAGUCGAUUAGAAGGAUAAAAAGGAAGAGAAAAAAGGUACCAAAACGCAUUUAUACACACACACACAUCGUAAGUGUAAGUCGUGAGAUCGUUACCGAUCAGAAUUCGACGUAUCGCGAGCCUCCAGGACACGACUCUCUUGAUUGUUCCGUACUUGAACCGAUUCAGUCGCAGUAAAAACGCAGUGCCUUAUUAGAUGACCUUCGAAAGGAUUGGGGAAAGAGUGCUGAAUAUAUACGACGUCUCGUUAGUGUAAAUAGUGACCAUGUAUCCGCAUACUUUUUUCCGAAACGCGACGCUUAUAUCGUCGUAUAUAUAUGUAUAAAAUAUAGAUUAGAUUUAUCCGGAGAACGUACUCAAUUUUCAAUUGCAAGCAAGAAUAAUAAUCGACGAAGAUAUUAAGUACUCUUCUCCUCUGUGCUCCUCUAGAUAUGACCAAGAACCACGUAAAAUCGUAGCGAAAAAUAAGUGAUCCGGUAGUGACCCAUUUAAUUAACGAUCUAGUAAGUGUAUAGGCAGUCGGACGUUGAUCAGCCGUUCCCGCAGAUCCGGAAUUAGUUACAGACGAGAAAACGGCGGACGAAGAGAACGGAGUCGCGUUAAAAAUCGUAAGGCACACAUCCUGAAUACGCGUCGUACGUCACCCACGCCAGUUCGAUCUACCGUAAAUGAUCAUUCAUAUCGUUGCGACCUCUAAACAGACGUUGCAAUUUUACGUGUGGAUGUAUGUAAUUUUCACCGUUAAUUUACCAUCGCGUGUUUCCGAUCGCAUAUCCCAGCAGAAUGGCAUAUUCUUAUAUGUACAAUGACACCGAUGUCCGUAGGUACGACCGUGGUGCGUCUUGCAACACGUUACGAUUAUUAAAUCGUAAAUGCGAUUAGUUAGCACCGUGUUUCUCGCGGUCUGGCUGGAACUUACCUCGCGCGUAACGACGUCGGCUAUCGAUAAUGAUCUGCUGUCUUCCUCGUAUCAAUAAAGCGUGUCGCUUUCGUUUCUACCUUGACGCUGAAUACAUUUCAUCACGAUCGAUACUACGAACACGGGUCUCGACACAAAGCUGACCUCUUUGUAGAAGUUUGCCAAAAAAAAAAAAA